GCCAUGGGGAUUAGCCGCCAACUUCUCGUUGACGAACCGCAUUCGGACUGUAUUUGUCCGAUUUGUCAGGAAGUAUUGGAGGAUCCUCGUGAGACUUCGUGUCAGCACGCUUUCUGCCACGAUUGCAUUGCUCAAUGGCUGCAAGAUCACGACACUUGCCCGACUUGCAGGACGGCAGUCAAUCGUUCGCACCUUAGAUUUUUACAUCGCAUAUGGAGAGAGAAGCUCUAUCGUCUGAGAGUUCGCUGCGAGCGCUCGAGUGACGGUUGCUCGUCGGUCAUGGAACUAAAUCGUCGCCACGCCCAUUCGCAGAGUUGUGAGUUUGUUCAUGUUGCUUGUCCUAACCGUCCAUGUUCAAAGAAAGUUGCAAGGAGGCUCUUACGUGAACAUCUAGAAACGUGCGAGCAUCGCAUGUUUCGAUGUGAGCAAGGAUGCGGUCUCUACGUAUCUGCUCGCUUGGAGAAGAAACACAGUUGUGUUGGUGCUCUUAAACACGAACUGGAAACUGUGAGUGAACGGCUGGACGCUCUAGUGAGAGAUUUUACUAGGAUGGACAGAUCUUUGCGGAAGGAGAAAGAAUUGCGAGUAAAUCUGGAGAAAGAGUCACAAGAUCAAUCUAUCGCAAUUCGGGAAUUAUUUGAUCAGGUGGCCAGAAUAAAGGAAGAAACGACAAAAGACACGAAGAAGUCUCGCACCUCGUCUCUACCUCGUCUUGCUCCUCUUCACACUCACAUGUCAAUAAGAUACAACACAAGCAGAAUGUCUUUGUCGCGCUCACCGGCUACUACUCCAUCGCGCUCUCCUGCUAUGACACCACGUAUACAAGACACCCGGCAUGCGUCAAGAAAUGCUUCUGGCAGCGGUGCUGGAUUACAAGCCAAUGAAGGAGAACAGAGAAAUGGCAAUACUAGAACAAACCUUCUCACUCUGCCAUCCAUUAGAUAGCAGGCGCCGCAGUAAAUAGUCUAUGGUAUGGAGUGAGGUGUUAAUUGGAUCUUGUUGUGUAUCUAGCUUGUACAGCUUGGCAAAUUGGUAAAUCAGUAGAUCUAGUUGUACAUAUCUUAGCUUUUACUACCCUAUAGAGAACAACAGAUAUUAGUGAUCAAAUUUAGCUGUUAUAUAGUGUCUAGAGGUGAGCAGGAGUUUACUGUUAUUAGCCAUGCA